UUGGCUUGACAUCAGCUAGUGUGAGUAGGAGGGCGAGGAGUGCUCUGCUCUACUUCUCUCUAGUCAAUGGACACUUUCUUUGUUGUUGUGUGUAGUUAUUAGUACAGCGGACAUGCUCAACGCUUCAUAAAAGUCCAUUUGAUCUAAUAAGUGAUCAAUAACUGGCUGUGGACUCAUUCACACUGCUAACCUCUACCGGUGUGAACGAUGCGAGACGACUCGGGUUUUAUUUGUUUCAUCUUAUCGAGAGGAAAAUGAGGGAAGAACAUGAGUUUUGCUCAUCAUUUUAAACUACUAGAGGUUGUUUACAAGAGGAGACAAGGAGGAAAUGACACUCUGCUAGCACAAUAAGACGCACAAAGGAAUCAGUUACAGUCAUAAACCUCGUGGCGCCCCCUGCUUUUACUCAUCGUUUCUGGAUUAAUUGACAACAGAUUACGUGGCUUUUGCCUGUCCGUCUUUGUGAGGAAAUCCCCGAUGCAUUCGUUUGCCCCCUCUCAACAUGCUGGCUCUGAGGCUGGAGCAGGGCAGGCGAGGGGGUGGUGAAGUUGAUCGCCUGCAGAAAGGGGUCACUGUGGCUCGGCAGGGCCGCCAGUCAGGGAGGCCCCCUUCUCACGAGCAGGGCAUCAGCACCAUCAGGGAGAAGAUCUCUCAGUGGGAAGGUCGCAGCCAGGAUGCCGGGGUGAAGGAGCAUCCUCCGACCGUAUCCCGAACUCUGUCUGGAGAUGUCCUGGGCUGCAACGGACGUUCCAGCGACGGGUCGAGAGGGGGGCUUCACACAAAACCUAUCUACUCACAAUCUAAGAGUUUGGACUUAGAUUAUCGGGAAUCCCCGGCACAAGCUGGGCAUGGUGUGGUUGGUAGGAAGUCAGAACCUCUGCAGAAAUGUUCCACGGAAUUUUCAACCACAACCCCAGGAAAUAAACCACUUGCAACACAAAUGUUUGCGUCUCCCAAAGGGGAAGCUAACUCUACAGGUAAACCAAUCUUCACCGCCAACGGCGACCAAAAAACGGAUCGUAUCUUGGAUGUUGAAGUAGUUUCUAAACUUCUACCUCUGUCAACCGAUUACCAAGAUGACAACAUGCCCGCUGGAAACUUCUACACUUCCCGGGGUUUCUGGCGUAAGCUGGAGGGGGACAGGCUGCUGUGGGAGAAAGGAAGGGAGUCUUCAGGUGAAGCUCAGCCUCCUCCCAAACCUCUGCGGACAUUCCAGUAUCAGGGAGCCAACAACAACAUCACGGGGCACGCCGUGCGACGGGACAGCAGAUCACCUCAUAGCAACCACUCCAAUGGGAGGAGUAGAAGGGUGGCCCACCCACCGAGCUUCCCACCUCCUCCAUGUCCUGUAGCAAAGACUAAUGGGCUUUCAAGGCAUAAAAAGAACAGGAAGUCCUUCGAGUACGAGGAUGCGGCGCGGCUGACGGCGAAGCCAGGCACGCCGGGAGGCCAGGAUAGACACUCAUCCCUUUACCAUGCCUACUCUGACGACAAUAUUUACGAGGACAUCGUUUGUGAAGUGACCAGAGAUAGCCCCUAUGAGGAUGUCAAGCUAUCUCCCAUGUGUCUCCCUAUUGCAAGGCCUCGCCGCCCAAAGCUGCCUCCUAAACCCCAAGCGUUGCAAGACUACGCUAGCAAAGUGGAAAGGAAGAGGUUCCAAACGACUACAGCAUCUAAAUCCACAAGUCUUGCCGAUACUCCCAAACCAGCGACACCCCGGCGCGCAAGCACUCAAAAAAUCCAGAGGACGCCUCAGUACGUCAACAAGAUUGAGACCAUCUUUGACGACAAGCGAGGGAGGAAGAGAAUAAAGAACCAGGGACUCUCACUGCGAGAGGAGACCAGUGGGACGGAGAGCGACGCCGAGGACAACACCACAGACUCCAGGAGAUCAGUUUACAUCCAGUCUACACUGAAACGUCGGCCAGGCUACCGCACCCUGGAGAGAGACCUGAUCCAGCUGCAGCAGCAGAAGCAGCAGCUUUUCCAAAUCUUUGUGGUGGUGUCGCUGAGAAAAGGCUCCCUGGGAAACACCUACUCCCCUGAAAUCACGCAGCAGUUCCCCAAACUGUUUGAGAAGUCAUCCCGGCUGUCCAAAGAGGCGGAGGAUCAGCUGAGGGUCAUUCCUAAGUUCUGCUUCCCGGACUCACACGACUGGAAGCCCUCUGCACACAUGCCAAGUGAGACCUUCUCCUUCGUCCUGACCGGAGAGGACGGCAGCCGCUGGUUUUGUUACUGCCGUAAGAUCUUGCCCAUUGGAAAAGGAAAGAGGCUUCCCGAGGUGCACUGUAUUGUCAGCAAACUGGGCUGUUUCAACCUCUUUGCAAAGAUUUUAGAGGAGGUGGAGAGACGCAGGGAGAUUUCCCCACCGCUGGUGAGCCCUUUUAUGCGAAGCGUGAUGGAGGCCCCUUUUCCAGCCCCCGGACGCACAGUCACAGUGAAGAGCUUCCUCCCGGGCUCCGGGAAUGAGGUCCUGACUUUGUGUCGACCAGUGGACUCCAGACUGGAGCACGUGGACUUUGACAGUCUGCUGGAGUGUCUCAGUGUCGGGAAUCUCCUGCAGGUGUUUGCCUCCCUUUUGCUUGAGAGGAGGGUAAUCUUCAUCGCUGACAAACUCAGUGUGUUGUCUCGGUGUAGCCAUGCAGUGCUGGCGCUGCUGUACCCCUUCACCUGGCAGCAUACCUUUAUACCUGUGCUACCGGCCAGCAUGCUGGACAUCAGCUGCUCCCCCACCCCAUUCCUCAUUGGGGUGCUGUCACCGUGCCUGCCACCGCUGCUGGAACUGCCCAUCGAGGAGGUGCUCAUAGUGGAUCUGUGUGCAGACAAGUUUGUCGUUCAGCUGGGUGAUGAAGACUGCAUCCUGCCCAGUAAACUGCAGGCAGCACUGCAGCAGAUCCUGGAGGACAGGGAAGAUAUCCUGAGACAGGGGGACGGAGACAGCUGUGGAGGUCAGCAGGCUGACUUGAGCUCUCUGGUGUCGGAGGGUUUUGUGCGGUUCUUCGUGGAGCUGGUGGGCCACUAUCCCCUCCACAUGGUCGAGUCCUCCAACGGAAGCAGGGAGGUCCAGCGCGAAAGCUUUCGCAAAUCUCACCCCUCCCGUGGAGUCCGCCAGUUCCUGCAGCUCUUCAUGGACACUCAGAUGUUUGCCGGCUUCAUUCAGGACAAAGAGCUGCGCAGCGGAGGUGUAAGAGGUCUCUUUGAGCUCAGAGUGGCCGAGUAUCUGGAUUCGUACCCUGAGCCGGAGCCAAGCGGUGUGAACAAAUUUCUUAAAGGACUGGGAAACAAGAUGAAACUCCUACAAAUAAAAUGAAACCAGACCAACACACCGUGGCUUUUUAAAUGAAAGACUUUGUAAUUACAAACGGAACUCUUGUUGCUGCUGGACCGGAGGAAAUGAACGUGGAUGAGAGUCUUGUGUCUAGAUGUGAAUGAGACGUUUAGGUAUGAGAGGACGGGAUUCAUUGUACACAUCGUACAUUCCUUGUACAGUAUGCAUGUCUGAGAGCAGUGCACUUUUUUAUUGGACGAAAACUGGAAAGGCUUUUCCUUUUCUAGCAUUGUUUUAUGAAACCUUGAGGACGAGGCGUUGUGUCUUUGGAAAACUACAUAAAAAAACAUUCCAGCUACUUCACCUCAGUUAUCACCCUGAACAUGUGAGGUUGUAACUAUUUUCUCUUUGACUGGAAACUUGUUUACUUGCAACACGUUUUACAUGCAGUAAAUGCAACUUUAGUGUAAAAUUCACUGUUGUAAGUACUUUACAACUGAAAAUAAUCUGUAUGGUUCCAACCCGAUGCAUGUUUUUAUACAUUUUAAUAUCAAAUUCCAUUACCCAUGUUGCAUUCCUGUAAGCACAAACUGUACACAAACCAUUUGUUUACUGCGUUUCCAUUUGUUCGCAUUUCAGAUCGAGUAGGUUUAUUAACUGUGAUCAGAACAUUUCAAAGUGUUAAGACUCCGGUUUAAAACCUCAUCAAUCAAAGUGAGUAUUUACAUUUUGAGGAAAUUAGAUCUGUUCUUCUGUCUUUCUCCUUGUUAACUGGAGUUGUAAAUAUAUAUAUAUAUUUUAGAUUUUGCACAUUGUUGAGAACCAGUGUACAGUAUUUGGAUUAUUUUUGUAUUAAAGCAUGAUGUGUCCUAUAAAUAAAUGGGUUCCCAAGGACUGCA